AUGGUGAACAGUCUCUGGUUUCAGUGGAAGAGCCUCAAGCUCCCCUGGCGCAGAUCCCGCCUUGCUGGCCAGGAUCUCGCCGGAAACACAUUCUGGGAAUAUAAGGACGAUAUUAACGCCAACCGAUGGCGGAGAAUGCUGAAGCCGGACCCGAAGAUGCAUUUGAGCGAUGUGAAGGUUACGCCACAAUGGCACCAAUGGCUCCGAUACGUCCGCGAACACGCUCCGACCAUCGAAGAACAGCGGCAAGAGGUCAUGCGGCAAAUGCAGAUCAAACAGCUCGCCCAACUCGCCGACGAGCGUUGGCAUAGCAAACCUUCAUUCCUCGAUAAACCCCAAACCCCGAAGUCAAAACUCAACGAAGGCUCCGUGAACACAACGUUCAGAGAUACCCCUGAAUCAGCGCAACACCACUCGGCUUCGCAGCGCGGGCCCGCUUCUCAAUCAAAGCCUUCAAAAGAAGAAAAUCCAUGGGCCAAGGCAGAUAACCGCAACCCUGGAGACAGCUGGCAGCCAGAGGCCUGGUCGCCCAACGCCAAAAGGUGA